AUCGAUAGAUAAAACCACAAUUCCAAUGGUUAGGACGUUGUGUUAAACCUAAAUACAAACAUAAUACAAUGAUUGGGGUUGUACAUAGAUGGAUACAACCAUAAUUCCAAUGAAGCACAGAUGAAAACCACAAGCAACAAAUUCAGCUACACAUUCAAAAUGGCAACCAGUCCAGACCAGGUGUAUGUCGCAGAAAGGCACUUGGCAUAGGCUUCAGCCAACCAUAAUGAGGACAAGCUCUAUGGCAAACUAAUAAUUUAGAGCGCAAUUAGCAGUAUUUUGUUAGGAAGUCACAAAGUCGCACAUCGUCUCAUGAACAGGCCGAAAAUGACAUUCAAACGCACUCCCUGCUGAUAAAAAUCAAACUUGUCUGGCAAAAGGCUUUCAAGAUUUUUUGUUCGCUGGCUUUUUUUUUUAUUUUACCUAUAAUCUGUUGUGUUUACACCACUUUUACAAAAGAAAAACGAAAUGAGAAACAAAUUAAUCUACCAAUGGUAGGGUAAUUUAGAAAGUUUUUGCAACAUGGCCGGAAUAUUAGUUGGCAACACUGGCCAUGACAUCAUUGAUUUAUCAAUGGGAGUGCUAAAUAUUUAAUUAAUAAUCAGUUAUUUGCUUUUUGUUUUAAUUGAGCUAAUGUGUUUUUCCAUGAUUCGUUGAGAAAUGGACGUGGAUUCAAGCGAACCAUUGCAUUCACAUAAUAUACGUCAUGCCUUUGAAUGCACCACGAGCUACACCGGAAGAAGAAUAUCCCAAACCGGAAACAGAUUAGCGUCGGUCGUCGUGUUUCUACCCUUCCUAAACGUAAAACGUCCCUUUAACACCGGACUGUGUUCUUAUUUUUCCUUGUUUCAUUGGUAACUAAAACCAAGGUUUUAAAAUGGGGGGUGGUGAUUUGAAUUUAAAGAAGAGCUGGCACCCCCAGACGAUGAAAAACAUCGAGCGUGUCUGGAAAGCCGAGCAAAAACACGAAUCAGAACGUAAGAAAAUCGAGGAGCUUCAGAAGGAGCUGAAGGAGGAACGAGCCCGUGAAGAGAUGACGAGAUACGCUGAGGAAAGCGGUGCCAUCAAAAAAAAGGAUGAUCGUCUAGACUGGAUGUACCAGGGUCCUUCUAGUCAGGUGUCCAGAGAUGAGUAUCUCAUGGGACGUCCCAUUGACAAGCAGAUCACUGAUCAAUAUGAGGAGCCUGAAAGUGGUCCAUCAGCAGAGACCGGACUUCUGCCUGGCUCCAUCUUCAGCCCCGUCACCGCUACCUCCAGCCUGGACAUGGCCGCCAAGAUCCGGGAAGACCCUCUGUUUGAAAUUAGGAAACGUGAGGAAGAAAAGAAGAGAGAGGUCUUGACGAAUCCAGUGAAAAUGAGAAAAAUUAAAGAAAUGCUGCGCCAGAAUCUUGACAAGAAAGACAAAAAGAAGAGGAGGAAGAAGGAAAAGAAAGCAGACAAAGAGAGAAGAAAGGAGAAGAAACACAAGAGAAGCUCAAGUUCGAGUUCAGAUGAAAAAGACAACAAAAAAGACAGGUCACGCUCACGAGAUGGAACCUCCUCUCACAACAAAUCUUAUUCCCAUCAUCUGCCAGGUUAUGGCCUCCUGCUCCCUGCAGGCAAACAACACCAGUCCUUUGCUUUGAAUCACUCACGACGCCAUGAGAGGAGUAGAAGCCGAUCUCCUGCAAGAAAAAACGGGGAAAUUCACUCCUCUUCCUCACACCGACGUGACAGGAAGGUGGAGGUCAAAGCUCAUAGCCCAGAGAGAGAGCGUUACCAAAGGCAGCGGAAUCAUGUGUCAAAGAAGCUCUCUGCAGAGGAGCUGGAGCGGAGGAGAAAGGAGAUGAUGGACCAGGCCAAGCAGAGAGAUGAGGACAGGGAGAAUAAUGUGAGAAGAUACAGGAAGGAAGAUGAGCAGAAAAAACAGCGGGAACAAAAGUCCAAGCAUGACCGCCAUGCUGGCUUUAUCCAGUUCAAUAAUGCCUCCAUUGUUGCAGUGACAUGAAGUUGGAGAGUGCUGCCACGUCUUCAUUAGAGGACAGAGUGAAGAGGAAUAUCCACUCCAUUCAGAGGACACCAGCUUCAUUGGACAACUUCAUGAAGAGAUGAACAUGAACAAUAUACUGUACAUAAUAUACUGAUUCAAAAAAGUGAAACUGGCAGCAGGAAUGGGCCACCGUACUUCGUUAAUUAACGUACGGUACUUCGAAGAGGAGUGGAUGGUGUGGGAGAUGAACCAGAAGGCUACAUCCAUGUAAAAAUCAAAUUUCAAUUCUGUCCAAAUAAAAUAAUUUUAGAGAAAACCUUUGCCACUGUGUAAACAUUGAAAACUAUUUUUCCUUCCAUUUUUCUCAUCAAAUGGGACUUUUGAUGGGUUUAUUAUAAAUGUUAUCAUACGCUCCAAGCAAACAAACUGGAUUAAAAUGUUAUUUACAGAAGUCAUUUUGAUAAUAAAGCUGUGUUGCUUGCGCUCUCAAUAAAUGUACAACUUGCCCAAAUA